AUGACAAUCUACGAAAGAUCUCAAUUAUCCGCCGAGGAGAUGGACGCCAUUCAGAGGAAGCAAUUCCUGCCCUUACUGAGAGCAGACGACCAGACACAAGUUGCAGUGGAGAUCCCGGAUGAAGGAAACGAGAGCAUGCCUGUGAGAUGGAUCGAUCUAGCGGACAUGAUGCGCGACAUGUCCGACAAACUUCCCUCGUGGUCGACUAUGAGCCUUGGCCCUUCGACGACGAACAAUCCUCAUAUUUGCAACGCCUACGUCAGGCUAAUAUGCAAUUAA